ACCGUUUUUAAGAACUACCGACUAUAUAGUACAUGCCGAUUGCAUCUGUUGAACUUGAGAAGUUUUAUAAACCGGUCACAAUUUGCAAGUGUUCUUGAGACUCUGGUUACAACGCCUGUCACCGCCACGUUAGCGAACCGCUUCAUCCACCCUUUCCACCCGGGAACAGGUGAACGAAACUGGCAUGUGUUGGCUUACUUUAAUAAAAGUCUGCUACACGCGACCCACCAGCUAUCAGUCUGUCGCGAACCUUUACACCGCUCACAGCGGCACUUCGUCUGCUGGGCACGGGGUGUCAUUAUUGGUGUGGUUAAGGUGUUAAAAGCAAACAAGUUGCGAUCUCAAAAACACAAUAGAAAGCAGUGCUAGUACACGAGUGCUCACGAUCGGGAAGUGUUUAUUUGUGCAUAACGUGAACAGUGAACAAGGGAGCAACAAACAGCCCAACAAAAGGGACUGGGAAGGGCAUUAUUGGACUGGCGAAGACUGGAACCAUCGCCAAACGUCAAUUAUCGAUAUUAUACAAUUCGAUUGAUGAAAUCGAUUGAUCCACUCGUCGUGGACGUGUACGGUCGACGUAUGAUGAAACGCUCAGUGACGUGCUCAGUGACCCUGUGGUUGUUGUGGUUAAGUGUGAACGCAGCUACUGCCCAGCUAGAGCUAGAGCGACCCAACAUUGUAAUCAUUGUUGCUGACGAUUUGGGAUGGAAUGAUGUCAGCUUCCACGGAUCCAAUCAGAUACCAACGCCCAAUAUAGACGCGUUAGCGUACGACGGUAUCAUACUGAACCGUCAUUAUGUUCCACCGCUCUGUACCCCUUCGCGGGCCUCGCUGAUGACGGGCAAACAUCCGAUGAACAUCGGCAUGCAGGACCAUGUCAUCCUCUCGGACGAACCGUGGGGUCUUGGGCUGGAUCAGAAGCUAAUGCCCGAGUAUUUCCGCGACGUUGGCUACCGGACGCAUCUGGUUGGCAAGUGGCAUCUUGGGUUUUUCCGACGUGCGUACACACCGACAUACCGUGGGUUUGAUUCCCACUUUGGCUAUCUUGGCCCGUACAUCGACUAUUGGGAUCACAGCUUGCAGAUGAAUGAGACAUCUGCCCGAGGGUUGGACAUGCGUCACAACACCGACAUCAACUACAGUGCAAACGGGACUUAUGCAACGGAUCUGUUCAACGACGAAGCGGUCCGUAUUAUCCACUCGCACGACCAAAGCCAACCCCUGUUCCUGGUGCUAACCCAUCUCGCUCCCCACACUGGCAACGAGGAUGAUCCGAUGCAGGCACCGGAAGAUGAAAUCGCUAAAUUCAGCUACAUCCAAGAUCCGAAGCGUCAAACAUUGGCAGCCAUGAUCGGGCGAAUUGAUACGGGGGUUGGACGGAUCUAUCGUACGCUGCAGGAGCGCAACAUGCUCACCAACACCAUCAUACUGUUCUAUGCUGAUAAUGGUGCACCGACGGUUGGAAUGCAUGCCAAUUCGGGUUCGAACUACCCAUUGCGUGGGCAAAAAUAUUCUCCCUGGGAAGGAGCAGUCCGUGGUGCUGCACUGAUAUGGAGUCCUUUGCUUCUAAGGAAAGGUGUCGUUUCCGAACAGUGGAUACACGUGAGCGAUUGGUUGCCAACACUUGGUUUUGCAGCAGGCAUUAAGUCCCUUCCCACAGGCACCACAAUCGAUGGACAAAACCAAUGGCUCACGUUGCAGUCUGCUAAUGCCACCGGGCGUUCGGUUGUGAUGCAUAAUGCCGAUCAAAAGUUUGGCUACAGUAGUUACAUGAAGCUCGGUUGGAAGUACAUCAAUGGGACAAGUUUUGCCGGAGCAUACGACACGUGGCUAGGCGAGGGUAUCGACAACAGCAAUAUCACUGGCGAGGAGUAUUACAAUCGCCUAAUGGAUAUCGCUAGUAUCGGAUCUUCUAUGAACCUUUCUCAAGAUAAGGUGCAAGAAAUUCGACAAGCAGCUACAAUUAGUUGUCCCGCCGAUGUUGAAGAAGUACUGUGCGAUCCACUCAGCAUUCCAUGCUUGUUCAAUAUCGUCGAUGAUCCUUGCGAGCGAAGAAAUCUAGCUGACCAGUACCCAGAUACCUUACUCGAUCUACAAUUGGAUGUCGAACGAUACAAACGAAAUGCUUUGCCACCGCGAAAUAAACCCGCCGACAGAAGAGCAGAUCCUGCCCUGCACAAUAACACCUGGACUUGGUGGCAAGAUACGGUGGACGAGGAUCAUUCGGAUCACUACAUCCUCUACGUAGCCGCGGCAGUUGAGAUACUGGUAAUUCUCAUCCUCAUAUGGUACGGUCAGAAGUAUUGCACGAAGUCGAGCAAAAAAUGAUGCCAGAGGUGGUAAAAAAAUGGUCAAAACAGAAGAUAAUUCUGAUCUACUUAUUUCAUUAGUCUUUAUUUCAAGCAGAUAAAAAUGCAAGAUUGAUAAAGCUAAAGAUAACAGGUAAAUUUGUCCGGUGAAAUGCGGCACUAGAUAACAUCGUCAAGAAAUUAUUUGUAGUUUGAUGAUUACAUUUGUCACUUCAAUUUUCAACUGUAUUACCGCAAACUGUGAUAACGAGAGUUGAAUGACAUCGUGUAGAUGCUUUAUGCAUCGGGGUUAAAUUAAGGAAAAAUAAAUUACAAGUGUUUGCAAACGGUUGUGAGCGAAAAUAAAAUUAUUUCCUUAGCAUUUAA